AUGAGAUUCUCAUCUCUCCUCUCGAGCGGGCUCGCAUCUUUCUCACUGGUUGCUGGACUUCCGACCCUCACACCAUCUACAGAACACUCAGUUCAACAAGUCAGAAAUCCAGUGUAUAAGCGAGAUGGCCUCGCAGCGCUUCUCAAAGUGCAUCGAAAGUACCACAUUGAUCUUCCCGAUUAUCUCGCCGCUUCAGCCCUUGCUCGCCGUGAUGGAACUGGCACCGUUACCAACAGACCUAUCGAUGAUGAUGCCGAGUGGUUAACGCCAGUUCAAAUCGGCAACCCCCCAAAAACAUUCCAGAUGGAUCUUGAUACUGGAUCAUCGGACCUCUGGGUUCAUGGGUCGAAGUCGGCUGCUGCUGGCGGUAGUCGCACUCGAUACAACUCUACAGCAUCUGAGUCCUGUAAAGAGAUGAACGACGCAAAGUGGUUAAUCGAGUACGGAGAUGGAAGUGGCGCAUCAGGGCACGUGGUGAAGGACACAGUUUCGAUCGGCGGUCUCUCGGUGCAAGUCCAAGCUGUACAGGUGGCAGAUAAGGUUCACGACUCUUUCUCCAAGCAGCAAAAUGUCGAUGGACUAGUGGGACUGGGUUUCCACUCCAUCAACACAGUCACGCCAAAGAAGCAGAAGACGUUCUUCGAGAAUGUCAACGAGGAGCAUAGCGCUGGGGUGUUCACAGCAGACCUACAGCACGAUGCCCCAGGCACAUAUACGUUUGGUGUCAUCAACAAGACAGCAUAUACCGGUGAUAUCGUCUACACAGAUGUCGACCCGUCCAAGGGCAUGUGGACAUUUACAUCUACAGGAUUCACCGUUGGAGACGGCAAGCUCAAUAAGACAUCCACCAAAGUUAUCGCUGAUACGGGCACCUCACUCAUUUGGCUCCCCGACGAAAUCAACGAAGCUUACUACUCCCAAGUCAAGGGAUCAGAGAUUGACAAAACAGCAGGAGGAUACGUCUUCCCCUGCGAUACAAACCUUCCUGAUUUUACCUUUUACAUCGGCAAAACAGGAGUCACAGUACCGGGUGCCUAUAUGAACUUUGCUCCUUUAGCAGGACCCAGAGCCGGAAGUUCCCAGUGUUUCGGCGGACUACAGUCGAGUUCUGACUCGGACCUCAACAUUAUUGGGGAUAUCGCACUAAAGGCCGCGUAUGUGGUUUUCGAUGCGGAAAAGACACGGAUAGGGUUUGCUAAAAAGACAUUGCGUGGUGUGGAGUAG